GCUGCAGAGCACAUCUCACUUCCAUAAGAUCCGUCCCUCCAGCCGUCCUUUCUCCCCCCCCCAUUUGCACUAGGGCUGCACUACAAGACUCCCUCACAAUAUUUGAUCCUGAGAAGAGGCACAGACUGUUUUAUCUGGUGUUAAGGUCUCAGAGGAAGAAAAAAAAAACACUUCACUAACUGCAGCCAUGAACGGCACAGAAGGACCCAAUUUUUAUGUCCCCAUGUCUAACAAGACCGGGCUGGUUCGCAGCCCAUUUGAGCACCCUCAGUACUACCUGGCUGAGCCCUGGAAGUUCUCUCUUCUGGCUGCGUACAUGCUGUUCCUUAUCAUCACUGCCUUCCCCAUCAAUUUCCUCACCCUGCAUGUCACCGUCAAAAACAAAAAGCUGAGGACCCCUCUGAACUAUAUGCUGCUCAACCUGGCGGUGGCCGACCUCUUCAUGGUCAUCGGGGGCUUCACGGUCACUCUCUACACAGCCCUGCACGGAUACUUCAUCUUAGGGGUCACCGGCUGCAACAUUGAGGGAUUCUUCGCUACUUUGGGAGGAGAGAUCGGACUCUGGUCUCUGGUGGUUUUGGCAAUCGAGCGCUACAUUGUGGUCUGUAAGCCAAUGACCAACUUCCGCUUUGGGGAGAAACAUGCCUUCGCUGGGCUGGCAUUCACAUGGAUCAUGGCCAUGACUUGUGCUACCCCCCCUCUGCUUGGAUGGUCCCGGUACAUCCCAGAGGGAAUGCAGUGUUCCUGUGGGAUUGACUACUACACUCCCAAGCCUGAGAUCAACAACACCUCAUUAGUCAUCUAUAUGUUCGUCCUCCAUUUCUGUAUCCCCCUCUUCAUCAUUUUCUACUGCUACAGUUGCCUACUCUGCACUGUGCGAGCGGCUGCGGCCCAGCAGCAGGAGUCUGAAACCACCCAGAGAGCGGAGAAAGAGGUGACACGUAUGGUCAUCGUCAUGGUGAUCUCCUUCCUGGUGUGCUGGGUGCCCUACGCCACCGUGGCUUGGUACAUCUUUGCCAAUCAGGGAACUGAGUUCGGACCAGUGUUCAUGACUGCUCCGGCCUUCUUCGCCAAGAGUUCCGCUCUGUACAACCCAGUCAUCUACAUUCUGCUAAACAGACAGUUCAGAAACUGCAUGAUCACUGCGGUGUGCUGUGGAAGAAAUCCGUUUGGGGAUGAUGAUGCGGCGGCCGCCGCCACCUCUAAAACUCAGACUUCAUCUGUCUCAUCCAGCCAGGUGGCCCCCGCUUGACCCAAACCCCCUCCUCCCACCUUCAAUGUCCCAUCUGUCCCUGCACGCCUUGGGACCAUUCACCGCCAAGCAGCACUAUGUUCUAUUGGCCAAUCCUCUUGACUUACCUCUCCAUGUGUCUUCACUGCAGCGGCACAGCAGCACCUUUGGUGGGACUGACAUACUCAAGAGCCAGCAUGUGUAUUUUCAAUCCAUUUAAUCAUGGAAAGUGUUCAGCUGGCUUCACAGAGUUUAACCCGGCAUCAGGGGGGCGUGAUGAUCCAACUGAACACAUUCCAAGCUCCACACUGCCCCAAAAAAUAUAAUCGGUGAAAACAAACCACACCACAUGAUUUCACCCACAUCAAGUCUUGUUCCAGUAAUUGUUGCAGCUAUUUUUCCCCAAAAUGCGCUUGAAACUAUUGAUUGUACAAAUACUUAGAUGAAAAUUAGUCAUGAAUUUGUUUAGAUAUCUCAGACAAGUUUUUAAGGCAUCAGAUGGGGCUGUCAUUUGGUCUCUGUCUCUCCCCUUGUCUUCAUGGUGACACAGCCAGGGUUGUUAGUUUGCUCUUGGCAUUGACUGAGACAUGAGUGUAAAACAGAUGGACCUGAAAAAGAGCCUCUGCAGGGAGAGGGUGCCUCCUGCAAGAGAUAGGAUGCAUGUGCGUGUGUGCGUUGGAUGUUUAUGUGUUCGAAAGUACGUCAGAAUGUGUAUUAAAGAGAUACAGGGAUAUUAUUUUGUUAAUGUGUAAAGGCUAGGAUCUUGUGGAAGUUGUUCUGUGUCCUGCAAUAAAAACAAAGCUAAAUGUC